CCUUUCAAAAAUGUCCACCGUCCUUCUGGAAACAACAAUGGGCCCCAUAACCCUCGAACUUUACGUUCAACACGCCCCGAAAACCUGUCAAAAUUUCAAAACCCUCGCCAGCAGAAAUUACUACAACAACACGAUUUUCCAUCGCAUAAUCUCAGAUUUCAUGAUUCAAGGUGGUGACCCCACAGGUACGGGAAGAGGUGGGGAAAGUAUUUGGGGGGAAAAGUUUGAGGAUGAGAUUCGGGGGGAUUUGAAACAUACUGGUGCUGGGAUCCUGAGUAUGGCUAACUCCGGACCGAAUACGAAUGGGUCACAGUUCUUCAUUACGCUUGCGCCUACGCCUUGGUUGGAUGGGAAACAUACGAUUUUUGGGAGGGUUCAGAGUGGGAUGAGGGUGGUACAGCGCAUGGGGCUUGUUAAGACUGGAGCUGAGGAUAGACCGGAAGAGGAGGUCAGGAUUGUGUCUGCUAAGGUGGUGCAAGAGCAGGAUUGAAGGAAUUGAGCACAAUUCGCUAGGUUAUCUGGCUACAUUUUACGCCUACGCCUACGAGAGAGGACCAUUCGGAUGCAACAACACUUUCGAGAAUCCUUCGAUACGCUUGUCGAACUUGUCGUAUGCCAUUGGUGCAUCUUCGAGACCGAGUUCGUGGGAUACGACGAAGGAUGGCUUUGCGCGGCCACUGAUAAUCAGGUCGCGGAGGUAUCGAUUGUACGCUUUCACGUUACACUGGCCGGUACCUGCAAGAGAAGUCAGAGAUAGUGGAGU